AUGUCGAACCUUAAACGUGCUCGUCAAACUGGUAGUUUCUAUCGCCGUGUAGAUAAGUUAUUGAGACCAAACUCUGCGGAUGAGGAUGCUGCAGAAGCAGGACCGAGUGGACAAGGAUUGUCGCAAGAGUCCGAAGUUAAAGAUUCACCUGUAGAGCUAGAGCACCUGCAGGAGGAUGUGGAUUUUGAACAACUUGAAGGAGAAGAUACGGCGAGCAUAAACUACAUCGAUAUCGACGACGAUUUCUCCGACGACAGCGAUGUGGAAGAUGAAACUACCCUAACCGUCGAGAAACUUUCCAUCGUAGACGGCAUCCGUUUCUGGGCAUUAUCGACUAAUGCUACUCAUACUUCGAUCAACUUAAUUCUGCGAGUAUUUAAAAGAGCUAACGUCAAAGUGCCUGCAACAGCAAAAACAUUAUUGAAGACUAAACGUAAUGUUUCUUCUGAGAUAACCGAGCUCGGCGGAGGACAAUUUUGGUACCAUGGUGUUAAAAAUCACCUUUUGAAAUAUUUCUGCACAAAAUAGCCGCCAUCUAAGCAGCUGUCCUUGACUCUGUCGAUAGAUGGACUUCCUUUGCACAACAAUAGCACAAUGCAGUUUUGGCCGAUAAUGUUUUCGAUACACGAAAUUCCACGAGCACCUGUUAUGACUGCUGGCAUCUUCUGUGGCUUGAAGAAACCGGAAAACUUAGAAGAGUUUCUGCGCUCUAUCGUCGAGGAAUUGAAUUCCUUAUCGGAUGGCGUCACAAUUCAGGGUGAAAAUGUUGCCGUGAAGAUUAGGACCAUCGUUGCAGACACACCAGCUAGAGCAUUCAUCAAAGGAGUCACAGGCCAUACAGGAUAUGGAGCGUGUUUGAAAUGCACUAUUCCCGGCGAAUACAAUAGCGCAUCGCGUACUGUAACUUUCCCUGGUGUUAAUUAUCCUAAACGUACCGACGAAGGAUUUAGAAACGAUAAGUAUCCAGGGCACCGCAAAAUACCGACACCUCUUUUGGAUCUGUUGCACUUCAAUAUGAUCGAUGACGUGAUUGUAUCGGACCGAUUGCAUCUCAUCGAUCUUGGUGUGGUGAAGCGUCUUUUUCUAGGCUGGCGUGACGGGACCUUGGGCAAGAAACGAUGGUCAGCCCAACAACGCAUGAAAAUUUCAAAACCUCUGGAAAAGUUGCUUUUACCUUCCGAGAUCCAUCGAAAAGUGCGCUCCAUCGAUAGUGCGCAUUUCUGGAAAGGAUCUGAAUACGCUUCUUUUCUCCACUAUGCCGCUAUAGUGAUACUAAAGGAACACCUUCCAGACGACAUGUACAAACACUUCAUGUUGCUGUUUUGUGCCGUAACGUUGCUGUCAUCCACCGUGUACAAGCAGAAGUGGCAGCUGGCAGGGCAGAUGCUGGAAAAAUUUGUUCAGGAUUUUGCCACUGUGUACGGCGGACAGUUCAUGAGCAGCAACGUUCAUAACCUGCAGCAUGUCUAUGAAGAAGUGGCACGUUUAGGGCCCUUACCCUCCAUUUCUACGUAUCCUUUCGAAAACGAACUUCAGCACUUGAAGCGUCUGCUGCGAAGUGGAUGGAGAAAUUUGGAACAGGCCGUUAACCGACUUUCCGAGUUGAGUGAAUUCCGAAUGCCUCGAUCGCAAUUUAUGAAUUAUCCAACAAUUAAGCAACACGGAAAAACAGUGACUCUCUACCUUCGUCAAAACAUCAUGUUGCAAAAUACAGAGAGAAACUGCUGGUUUCUACUUAAAGAUCAGGAAAUCGUGCAGUUCAGUACAGCGACGAUAGAAUUGAGUGAUAGAAUCGACAGCCUGUGCAUCCGAGGCCGAAUGAUUAAUCUAAAAGGUUUAGUGUUUGACGAACCGUACGAGUCUAGCGAAAUGUACAUUUACAAAGGAUGCGCUAACACUUUAGGAGGAGCGAACGUGGAAAUCCGUUACAAUCAAAUAUUUUGUAAGCUAGUUGCUAUACCAACUGGUAACAAAGACGAAAUAAUAUUUAUUCCCUUACUGCACACGAUAGUACAAUAA